GUACGCGCCAUCUUCUGGCUGGCUUUCCGUCUCAGCUCAGAGUCAGCUUCCAAACUCAGGGUAUCGCUUCUAAUCCUGGACCAGACCACCUCUGUCAGCUCAGUUCAGCUCUCUUACGACUCUCAGCCUCGACAACUCUCGGCUCUUCCGACACGAUCUACCGACGUUUCUGGGCGCGCAUCCCGCAUGACGCCACAAACACAGGGUCUACCAGCGAGCUCGUUGUCAGCGGGGCUAGCAUCUGGAAGCUUGAAUAUGAGUCCUACGCCGUCUUACGCUUCAUGGCGGCCCGAGAGGUUGCUGGUGCAGAAUCUGCUGGGGGGAGCGCGGAGUCCCGGAAAUCUCGGCCGAUGAUCGUACCUGGCGCCUGCUCGGGCUGACCGCCUGAGUUUCUGGCGCUCACCAAAUGCGUGCCCGCGAGUCGGACUAACUUGUUGACAGGUGCAUGGGAGUCCGGACGAUCCUGCCAUAUCGACUGUGCGAGGCUAAUUCCUUAUUAGCGGCACAACGCAGGUCUCAAGUCAACUCUGGCAAGCCUCGCGACUUAGCCUAGCUGCUCACGACGAGAGUAAUGUAUAUACGAGCUUCAUGCUUACAGCCGAAAACGGUUAAUGCAAGAUAGGAGCCAUGCUUCUGCGCAUGCUCUCCCGUAUAAAUAACUAGGUCCAAUGGCAAUGCACGCACAACAGCCUACCGCACUGCCGCCAUGCAUUGUACAAAGGUGAUACACGUGCGAACGGCCAUCCUUGCCGCUUUAACCCAGACGGGCCUCUCGGCGCUAAUCGCUAUCGAGGACAUCAACGAGGCGCAUCCGUGGCCGACCCUUUGCCCCAACGCUUCCUCACCUACAUCCAGAGCGACGUUACAUGGAGGACAGUUCAGCGCCUCAUACCGUGGACUUGCAGGAGAAGAUAGACUUGUUAGACAACGGCCUCGAUCGGUUACGUCAAACGGGCGAUACGUUUCGAAGGUCCCUGCGCACGCUGAGAGAACUGUGCGGGGAAAGCGGGCUCGUACCCACCAGGUACAGGUUGUCGGGACUGGCCAGGAUUGGGAACGAUCCACCUUGCGCUGGCGGAUUCGCCGACGUAUACCGGGGGACCUACAACGGCACGAUUGUGGCUCUGAAGUUCAUGCGACUGCACGUCAGGGAUGGGAAAUCGUUCAUGAAGGUGUUCUGCAGGGAGGCUGUCGUCUGGAAACGACUGAAUCACCCACAUAUCGUCCCCUUCAUCGGCAUCGAUCCGUCGUGCCAAGCGUGUAUCGUGUCGGAAUGGAUGGAGCAUGGCGAUGUCAUGUCGUAUCUUGAAAGCCACCCGCGUGCGAAUCGCGUUCAACUGAUCACGCACGUUGCUCGUGGCUUGGAGUACAUGCAUGCCAGCGGUCUCGUCCACGGGGAUCUCAAAAGCCGCAAUGUCCUCGUCGACAGCCUUGGGCAUGCGCGUCUCAGUGACUUUGGUCUCGCCACGACGGUACUUGGUACCGCCACUCUGGCACCGACUGCUGGGUCGUCAGCAAAUUGGGGCUCGUUCCGUUACAUGGCCCCCGAGUUGUCCGACAUUACGGCGAAGGAUAAGACGUUGACGUGGGAGUCUGACGUGUAUGCGUUAGGUAUGACCGCAUGGGAGUUCACUGAGCGGCACCCGUUCUACGAUAUCCCACACGAACUUGUGGUUCUUCUCGAAGUUCGCGACGGCAAACGACCCGAGCGUCCUCUUCAUGCACAGGCGUCAGGCCUGGACGAUUUCAUCUGGAGCAAUGUCAUCAGCUCCUGCUGGGUAGCACGUCCGUCUGGGCGACCUCGGAUCUUGGAAGUACUAAAUCGGCUUCAAUGGUAUGAAACUGCUCGACGGUUGAUUGCGAAGCUGCUGGACGAAGGCCUUGCGGAGGUGGAUCGUCAAGUGCUCGACGAGAUGCUGUCUACAGAGAUGGGCAGGGCUGCUAUAUUCAGUAAUGCUGGUUCAAGCACGCUUUCUGAGUCUCUUGAAACCAUGCUAGGCGAAUCAACAGAACCGAACUUGCGCGAGACGCGUGCGAUUGAUAUGAUAUUGGUCCUCGGCACGAUGUCUUCGUUCCUGCCAGACAUGAACUUGAAGCAAUAUCCCAGACGCGUGAUGGACAAACUUGGGCCUCACGUUGACAAGAGGCGACCGGGGAUCCAGCGGGCGAUGGCAAGGAUGACGCAAUCAUCAGGGCCAGCGCUGCAGCGUACGAUGCAAGGUCAUUCCAACUAUGUAACCUCUGUUUCCUUCUCUCCGGAUGGCUUGCAAAUCGCCUCGGGCUCCGGGGACAACACUAUCCGAAUUUGGGACGCGCACACUGGAAAGGAAAUCCGCGAGCCUUUACGGGGACACACGUUCAACGUCAACUCGGUGUCAUUUUCCCCCGAUGGAAAGUGUCUUGCCUCGGCCUCAUAUGACAAGACCGUGCGACUGUGGGACGUGGAGACAGGGCAGCGGAUCGGGCAGCCGCUCGAAGGGCAUGUAGGCUGGGUCAUGUGUGUCGCAUUCUCACCCGACGGCAACCGCAUCGUCUCGGGCUCACUCGACCACACGCUCCAACUCUGGGCCGCGCAGACGGGACAGGCCAUCGGCGAGCCUUUACGGGGUCACUCUCACAGGAUUUGGAGCGUCGCUUUUUCACCGGAUGGAAAGCACAUCGCCUCUGGAUCCGCCGACAACACGAUUCGACUCUGGGACGCAGAGACAUGCCAGCCAGUCGGGGACCCGCUGCGAGGCCACGAUUCCUCCGUGUGGUCAGUCGCAUAUUCCCCCGAUGGCGCGAGCAUCGUCUCGGGCUCCGACGACAUGACGAUCCGGAUCUGGGACGCUCAGACAAGACAGACGGUGCUGGGGUCAUUGCAAGGGCACGAAAAGGCGGUCACCUCCGUGGCAUUCUCACCGGAUGGCCAGUACAUCGUCUCCGGCUCCUGGGACGGCAGGAUCCGGAUAUGGGACGCGCAGACGGGACAGACUGUGGCGGGGCCUUGGCAAGCUCACGGUGGCGAGUAUGGGGUUUUCUCCGUCGCGUUCUCGCCCGAUGGCAAGCACCUCGUCUCGGGUGGUCAUGACAAGUUGGUGAAAAUAUGGGAUGGAGAGGUCGAUUAGCUGACGAGUCGUCGAUUUGCGUCCACCGGCUAGAAGCGCAUGAAGUGGAGAUCACCCACGCAACAUCAUCCAGGCAGUCAUGAUAUUACCUUGGAAAUUGUCGACGGCUUGAAAGGCGUUCCAGGGGCCGUUCGCGCGACUCAGUCGACGCCGUGUCGUACCGUACAUGCCGUGUAUAUUUGCAUCGGUUCCCCGUUCUCGUCGACGCAGUGCCUUUAUGUA